AUGGAUGUGCGGGGGCGGGGCUUCGCCGCUGUUCCGCACCCUCAGGCAUGUGGGUGUGGUCUGAUGUCUAAGCCAAUAAGAGUGUGGAGGCGGGGCCUGAAUAGGAGCAGGAAACGGCGGCCGCCGAGGGGCUGCCCGCCUGCCUUCAUGCUGCCCCUGCGCCUGCGCUGGCUGUGGCCCCACAACCCUCCCACUCGGUUCUUCGCAGCGGCCGCCCGGCAGCGGUCUGGCCCCAGUAACUACUAUGAACUGUUGGGGGUGCAUCCUGGCGCCAGCGCUGAAGAAGUUAAACGAGCUUUCCUCUCCAAGUGCAAAGAGCUGCACCCUGACCGGGACCCCAAGAACCCUGCCCUGCACAGCCGCUUUGUGGAGCUGAGUGAAGCGUACCAAGUGCUGAGCCGUGAGCAGAGCCGCCGCAGCUAUGACCACCAGCUCCGCUCGGCAGCUUCCCCAAAGUGUCCAGGAACCACAGCCCAUCCCAGGUCUGCUCAUCAGGCACACAGCAGCUCCUGGGCACCCCCCAAUGCAAAAUACUGGGCCCAGUUUCAUGAAGUGAGGCCUCAGGCACCAGAGUCAAGGCAGCAGCAGCACAAGCACAACCGGCGGGUGCUGGGGUACUGCCUCCUGAUCAUGCUGGCAGGCAUGGGCCUGCACUAUGUUGCCUUCAGGAAGCUGGAGCAGAUGCAUCGUAGCUUCAUGGAUGAAAAGGAUCGGAUCAUCACAGCCAUCUACAAUGACACUCGGGCCCGGGCCAGGGCCAACAGAGCCAGGCCCCAGGAGGAGCAACUGCAGGGGCAGCAGCUGCAGCCACCACCCGGGCCUCCUCAAGGCCCCGGGAUCGUGCCCCCCGGCCCCAGACCCUGA